AUGGCUCAAGCACAACCCUCAGAUAUUGGCUUCGGCUAUAUCACCCAGAACGAACAACAUGUCGAGGUUCCUAUGACACCGGCCUCUCCUUUGAAGAGUGCUAUGAAAGUUCCAGGAACUCCAGCCCGAAGACUAGACAACCCUCUGAGCCCGACCUUCCGAGAAGAACAGAUCUUGGAGAAGACGGAGGAGGAGACUGAGAAGGAGCAGGCCAAAGAUUUGAAAAUUAAAACCAGAGUUCGGAUAGCAAAGUUUCUGCUUCGAGGCGUGAAUUUCAGUUGUAGCCUUAUCGUUCUCUCCAUGCUUUCAGUGACCAUGACGAUCUUCAAUACAACCAAGACAUUGCCUGCUAGAAACAAUCUUCCUGCUUGGGCGGACGGGACGAAGACUUGGCCACAGGAAGUGGUUCUUGCGACAUCCUGCGUGUCUCUGGCGCUAUGCUUGGCUGUCUUCUGGGGUUACUGGAGAGGGGGCCAUCGACGAGCAGAGAAGGUUGCUGUUUACUACACAAUUUUCGCCGUGGGCUUCUUCAUCUUCAGCACCGUUAUGUGGGCUAUAGCGGCUGGUAUCCUCCAAGGCGCUAGGGCCAAUGGCAACAAUAAGGAUAUCUGGGGUUGGGCAUGCGUCGAUAACCAGAGGCGGAAGGACUUUUCCGAGAAGGUCGAUUAUGCACUGGUUUGCAGAUUGCAGUCUUGGUCUCUUGUCUGCUGCUUGAUUGAAGUCGUUCUCGAGUGUAUCACCAUCAUUCUCUACGGCGUGAUAUUCUACAGAUACUACUCCAAGCAGCGCCUCCGCAAGACUAUGGAUAUGCGUGACAAGGCACGAUCCGACCUCUACCUUGCUCAACUCCGUACGCAAUCUGCACCCAACACUCCAGGAUUUGGACCCUUAUCCCCCUCAUACUCGGCACAUAUUAGAUCCCCGCGUUUCCCACCCGCUGCCUACACCAGUGCUUCCCGAGCCGAAGAGGGCUUUGCCGGAACGCAAUUCGUAGACGCCAAGCCAACCUCUUUGGUGACAGCGAAGCCCUUCGCUCUCCAACCACCCCCGAUCAAGAUCCAAAGCGCUACACCAAAGAUGGCUCAAACGGGCUUCUCAACACCGGCACCGGCACCGCCACCAGCACCAGUACGAGCCAUCUCCCCUCCUGCCGAGAGAAGGAUAGAGCAUGUAGCUGCCGCACCCGGAGAGCAGACUUACGAGGCGGUACCCAUCCCCGGCGCCUAUAGUCCGCCUCAGCAGCGGAGUUUUGGGAACGCAUGA